AUGGCUGGCGUCACAAGAAAGGGCUCUGGAAGACCCUCAUAUUACUACAGAUUCCUGGGCAAGUCUCGACUGCAGCGUCAGCGCAGCAGGUCCCGCAGCCGCACAAGGCCGGCUGCCAACAGGGAGUCCCCUCCGGAGCGGACGGGGCGCAGACGCAGCAUGCCUGGCAGCUCCGCAGACAAGGCCGCACCCCCCGCCAUGGAGCCGCCGCCCACUGCUUCCACGCCGUUCAGAGUCACCGUGAGUACUGGUUUCCUCAGUCGGCGUCUGAAGGGCUCCAUAAAACGCACCAAGAGUCAGCCCAAACUGGACCGCAACUCCAGCUUCAGACAGAUGCUGCCAGGAUUCAGAAGUGUGGACAAUGACAGGUCUCAUUUGAUGCCAAGGCUGAAGGAAUCUCGCUCCCAUGAAUCAUUGCUCAGCCCAAGCAGUGCUGUGGAAGCCCUGGACCUAAGCAUGGAGGACGAAGUCAUCAUCAAGCCCGUUCACAGCAGCAUCCUCGGGCAGGACUACUGCUUUGAGGUCACCACCUCCACGGGAAGCAAAUGUUUUUCCUGUCGUUCUUCCGCCGAGAGAGACAAAUGGAUGGAGAAUCUGAGGAGAGCGGUGCAGCCGAAUAAGGACAACAGCCGGCGAGUGGAGAACCUGCUGCGUCUGUGGAUCAUCGAGGCCAAAGAUCUUCCCGCCAAAAAGAAAUACUUCUGUGAACUGUGUCUGGACGACUGUCUCUAUGCCCGCACCACCUGUAAGCUUAAAACUGACAAUGUGUUUUGGGGAGAGCACUUUGAGUUCAACAACCUCCCCGCCGUCAAAAACAUCACUGCGCACUUGUACAAAGACACGGACAAGAAGAAGAAGAAAGACAAGAACAAUUACAUCGGACUGGUCAGUAUUCCUGUCGCCGCCGUGACGGGGCGACAGUUCGUGGAGAAAUGGUAUCCCGUCAGCACCCCCAUCCCCCCGAAAGCAAAGACUUCUGGGCCAAUGAUCCGCAUUAAGGCCCGCUACCAGACCAUGAACAUUCUUCCGAUGGAGAUGUACAAGGAGUUCGCAGAGUACACCACUAAUAACUAUAUGUUGUUGUGCUCGGUGCUGGAGCCGGGCAUAAGUGUGAAAAACAAAGAGGAGAUGGCGUGUGCACUGGUGCAUAUUCUGCAGAGCACUGGGAAAGCAAAGGAUUUCUUGACGGAUCUGAUGAUGUCGGAGGUGGACCGCUGUGGAGAGAACGAGCAUCUCAUCUUCAGAGAAAACACACUGGCCACAAAAGCUAUUGAGGAAUAUCUCAAACUCGUGGGGCAGAAAUAUCUGCAAGAUGCACUUGGUGAAUUCAUCAAGGCUUUGUACGAGUCGGAUGAGAACUGCGAGGUGGAUCCGUCUAAAUGUUCAUCAGGGGACCUAGCAGAACACCAGAGCAAUCUGAAGAUGUGCUGCGAGUUGGCCUUCUGCAAAAUCAUUAACUCCUACUGUGUAUUCCCUCGCGAGCUAAAGGAGGUGUUUGCCUCUUGGCGUCAGGAGUGCAGUAACCGGGGGCGACCGGACAUCAGCGAGCGCCUCAUCAGCGCCUCCCUGUUCCUGAGGUUCCUCUGUCCUUCAAUCAUGUCGCCAUCGCUUUUCAAUCUGAUGCAAGAGUACCCCGACGACCGCACGGCACGGACUCUCACACUCAUCGCCAAAGUCACGCAGAACCUGGCCAAUUUCACCAAAUUUGGAAACAAAGAAGAGUACAUGUCGUUCAUGAACCAGUUCCUGGAGCACGAGUGGACGAACAUGCAGCGCUUUCUCCUGGAAAUCUCCAACCCUGAGACAAUCUCCAACACGGCCGGCUUCGAAGGCUACAUCGACCUGGGCCGCGAGCUCUCCACGCUGCACUCGCUCCUCUCCGAAGUGGUCUCCCAGAUGGAUCAGAGUGCCACGUCCAAACUCGGACCUCUGCCCAGGAUCCUACGAGAAGUGACCACAGCGCUGACAAAUCCGUCCAGUCUGCAGCUGACUCCGGGACAGUCCACAGAACAUAUGGGCUCGCCCCCGGCCGAAGCAGGCUGCAGCAUCUCCACGGGCCUGCAGAAGAUGGUGAUAGACAAUGACCUCUCAGGAUUGGUGGAUUUCACUAGAUUACCCUCCCCAACGCCAGAAAAUAAAGACCUGUUCUUUGUGACAAGAAGCUCAGGGAUUCAGCCUUCUCCAGCGCGGAGCUCAAGCUACUCUGAAACAAACGAGCCUGACCUGGGAAUGGCCAACGGCAGUAAGAGCUUGUCAAUGGUGGACCUUCAAGACCCCCGCAUCCUGGAGACUAGUCCUGGCCCCACUUCCUCCGACGGCUUGGGCGAAGGACCUGCCAACGGUGUGAGCUGGACCACCAGAGCUCCGCAGAACAACAUCCCUGGAGGCCCAACGUUGUGGAGACCAAGCCAGAGCCCCACCACCCCCGUCACGGAGGGCACAAACGGGCGCCCGGGACAGCUCCUCGCACCCCUCUCCUUCCAAAACCCAGUCUACCAAAUGGCAGCUUGCUUGCCCGUCUCUCCUCGCGGCUUAAACGACUCUGGCUCAGAAUGCCACAGUUCCGUCAGCUCGCACAGCAACAACGAGGACUUAACUGGCAAGCACACGUUCAUGACACAGGGGGUGGGGGGAGGCGGGAGCAGUGGGGACGAGUACACCCGGCGCUCUGGGGAGUUCGCACGCCGCCAGAUGUCACUUGGAGACGCGCAGAACCAGCCCGCCGUGCCGAGGCAGAACAGCGCGGGGCCGCAGAGGAGGAUAGACCAGCCGCCUCCGCAGAGCAUGACCAGCAGACGCACGCCUCCCAAUCUGCUCAACAGCGGCCCGUACCCCAGACCCUCAUCGGGGACCAUGAUGACCUCCUCGCCCGACUGGCCCACGGGAGCGCGGCUAAGGCAGCAGUCGUCCUCCUCCAAAGGGGACAGUCCAGAGACCAAGCACAGACCACAGCACAAGCAGGCCCCCUCCCCAGUGAACCCCAAUGCUCUGGACCGUACAGCAGCCUGGCUAUUGAAUUUGAAUGUGCAGUAUUUAGACCAGGAGGGGAUGGAGCCACUGAGAAACAGGGAGGAUCUCACUCAGGUGGAAAAGUAUCAGCAGGAGAUCGCCGUGCUGCAGGAGAAGCUCCGGGCGUCCGUGCAGAAGCUGGAGGAGUACGAGGCGCGCCUGAAGGGCCAGGACGAGCAGGCGCAGAAGGUCCUGAUGGACUACCAGGCCCGGCUCGAGGAGUCCGAGGAGAGGCUGAGGAGGCAGCAGGACGACAAGGACCUCCAGAUGAAGAGUAUCAUUAGCAGGCUGAUGUCGGUGGAAGAGGAGCUGAAGAAGGACCACUCAGACAUGCAGGCCGUGGUGGACUCCAAGCAGAAGAUGAUAGAUGCCCAGGAGAAGCGAAUCCAGUCUCUGGACGCGGCCAACGCCAGGCUAAUGAGCGCCCUGACGCAGCUGAAAGAGCGCUACAGCAUGCAAACUCGGAACGGCAUCUCGCCCACCAACCCCACCAAGCUGCAGAUCACGGAGAACGGAGAGUUUCGCAACAGCAGCAACUGUUAA